UCGAUUAAAAUUAUUUAGCAAACAGUAUAUUAUAAUUUAUUAUAUAACAUUGGAUAAUUGGAUAAUCAGCUUAGGAUGGUUACUUCAUAAUAUAAACGGAAUAUGGCAGCUAAGGUGCAACAUUUCGAUCCACCUAGCUCGGCGAGUUCAGAAGGUGAUGACGGUGAUGUUCGUUUGGAUGAAAAGGAAGUUUUCCUAUUCGAUGAACCAUGCGAAGACGGUGAUAUUGGGUCACCUAUAUCGCAAUCUCCUAGAUCACCUUCUACUGGACCUCAGAGAUCACCAAGAUCAAGAAGACAACGUUCUACUAGUUUAUCUCAGUCUAGUAAACAGACUUCUGCAGAAUCUAUUAUUAGAAGUAAAACAGGAACAAUAUAUACAGCUGGUAGACCACCAUGGUAUAAUUCAGCUGGACAACAAGUAGAACCUUUUGUAAUUGGUAUUUGUGGAGGUAGCGCAUCUGGGAAAACUACAGUUGCAACAAAGAUUAUAGAAUCUCUAAACGUACCUUGGGUGACACUUCUUAGCAUGGAUUCAUUCUACAAAGUAUUAAAUGAAAAGCAACACGAGAUGGCUGAGUGUAACGAGUACAAUUUUGAUCACCCUGAUGCAUUUGAUUUUGAGUUAUUAAUAACGACAUUACAGCGUUUAAAGGAAGGUAGAAUGGUGGAGGUUCCCAUCUAUAAUUUUGUAACGCAUAGUAGAGAAAGUAGAACUAAAACAAUGUAUGGUGCCAAUGUGAUUAUAUUUGAGGGAAUAUUGACGUUUUACAACGUUGAAGUAAUGAAGAUGUGUGAUAUGAAAGUGUUUGUUGAUACUGACGCGGAUGUAAGGCUUGCUCGGAGAUUACGUAGGGAUAUAUCGAAUAGAGGAAGAGAUUUAGAGGGUGUGUUAAAGCAAUACAUUACUAUGGUGCAACCAGCUUUCAAAUAUUAUAUAGCACCAUUUAUGGUUCAUGCAGAUAUUAUUGUACCUCGUGGAGGAGAAAAUGAAAUCGCGAUACAACUUAUAGUACAGCAUGUACAUACUCAGCUUCAACUGAGGGGUUUCAAACUUAGAGAAAAAUUAGCUCAUUCUUAUAUCGGUCAACCAAUGCCAUCGUCUCUCUACCUGCUUCCAGAUACGCCACAAAGUAAGGGUCUGCACACAUUUAUAAGAAAUAAGGAAACAUCUAGAGACGAGUUUAUAUUUUAUUCCAAACGAUUAAUCCGUUUGGUUAUCGAGUACGCAUUAUCUCUUUUACCUUUCGAGGACGUAAGGGUAGAAACCCCGCAAGGAGUAUUAUAUCAUGGAAAGCGUGCUGCUACGGAUAAAGUAUGCGGUGUGUCUAUUUUGCGUGCCGGUGAAACCAUGGAACAAGCUAUUAGGGAUGUAUGCAAAGAUAUAAGGAUAGGAAAAAUACUCAUACAAACGAAUCAACAAACUGGAGAACCAGAGCUUUACUACCUUCGACUGCCAAAAGAUAUUAAAGACUAUAAAGUGAUAUUAAUGGAUGCAACUGUGGCAACUGGUGCUGCUGCCAUUAUGGCUAUUAGAGUUUUAUUAGAUCACGACGUUGCCGAGGAAAAUGUGCUACUUGUAUCUCUACUUAUGGCAGAAUCAGGUGUCCAUUCAAUUGCUUACGCAUUUCCACGUGUAAAAAUCGUCACGUCUGCCUUAGAUCCUGUGAUAAAUGAGAAAUUCUAUGUACUACCCGGUAUGGGUAACUUCGGUGACCGAUACUUUGGAACCGAGCCAUCUUCAAUUGAAGAUUAAUACAGUUCAACAGCUCUGUCUUA